AUCACAAUGAAUCUAAAUCGUGGAUAUACAGUCAAUUCUCAUCCCAUAAGCUGCCUGAUCAAUAAUUGAAGAGGAGAAAUCGAUGUUGACUGUUUCUGAGCAACACCUAUUGGGACAUACUGUGCGAUUAACCACUGGGCUCUUCAUGUCUUAAAAUGUCAGAUCCCGAGGACCUGAAUAAAGCCAUGGGACACUGGAACGCCUCCGAGAGCUACCAGCUCAACCCAGCCAGUGUCAUUGUGUCUGUGGUCUUCUCGCUCAUCUUCCUUCUGGGGACUAUUGGGAAUAGUUUGGUGCUGGCCGUGCUCCUCAAAAGUGGGCAGGUUGGGUAUAACACCACCAAUCUAUUCAUCCUCAACCUCAGUGUAGCCGAUUUCUUCUUCAUCAUCUUCUGUGUGCCUUUCCAAGCAACCAUAUACUCUCUGGAGGGUUGGGUUUUCGGGUCCUUCAUGUGCAAGGUGGUUCACUUCUUCAUCAACCUCACCAUGUACGCUAGCAGUUUCACUCUGGCUGCAGUGUCUGUGGACAGGUAUCUAGCCAUCCGUUACCCCCUGCGCUCCAGAGAAUUGAGAACGCCGUGUAACGCCAUAGUCGCGAUGGUGGUAAUCUGGGGCCUGUCGCUUGUUUUCGCCGGGCCUUAUUUGAGUUACUACGACUUGAUUGAUUUCGAAAACAGCAAUGUGUGUGUGCCUGAAUGGGAGGAGCAUAACCGUAAGGUUCUGGACACCUGCACCUUUGUUUUUGGCUAUGUUAUUCCCGUGCUCAUCGUGAGCCUGUCCUACACACGCACCAUCAAGUACCUCUGGACCGCGGUGGAUCCUCUCGAUGGGAUGUCGGAGUCGAAACGAGCCAAGCGCAAGGUCACCAAGAUGAUCAUCAUAGUCACGGUGCUAUUUUGCAUCUGCUGGCUACCGUACCAUGUGGUCAUUUUGUGCUACCUCUACGGAGACUUUCCCUUCAAUCAGACCACCUACGCCUUCAGGCUGCUGUCCCACUGCAUGGCCUACGCCAACUCUUGCCUCAACCCUAUCGUUUAUGCCCUGGUGUCCAAACACUUUCGGAAGGGCUUCAAGAAGGUGUUCAGCUGCAUCCUCAGUAAAAAGGGACGAAAUAAGGUGCACGUGGUCCAUGUGGCCAACACCGUCCCCAGCUUCGAAGCGGGAUCCACUGAAGUGUCUCAAAUGAACGAAGAGAACGCCAGACAGAACGAGAACGAAAUGGUCAACCGCCCACUCGCAGAGCCGCAGGACACCACUAUGACUAUAACGCUACCCUUCCAGAAUCAGCCAUGAAAA